AUGAAAAACGAUAAUCAAAUCGUCUCCAAGCUACUAUUAGAUUUCUUCGUGGUUUUAGAAAAAGCUGAUACACUAGCCAUAAUCCAACAAGAGUCCAUUCCUGAGACUUUUUUCCAAGAAACUCCUGAGUUUAUACUAGAGUCACUCCAAAAACACAUAGACGAAACCCCUGAUGACAAGAGAGUCUCGAUAAAGCACAAAAUAGACCAAGGCCAGUACACUUCCCCUUACCAAAUCUAUCAUGAUAUAACUGUGGCGUCCAGUCAAGAGAUAGCCAAGCAUGAAAUUGGCACCGGCGAUUACCAAAACAUUGAUUACUUUCAUAAGUUCACCACAGAACUCUUGAUCAGAGAAACUGGACGUUUGGGCCUCCGGCUCACGAAUGAAGAUGAGGAAGUCGUCAAGGAUGAUCCUGAAGAUGUUCUCAACGUAUUGCGUGAGGACUUUGACAAGAUUUCUUCAAGCUACAAUGUUGCUAAUGGUGAAACUGUUGUUUACAUGAACAAGGUGGAGGAGCCACCUCUUCCAGCCUACCACAGCUUAUAUUCCUCCCAAUCACCACCCGAGCCUAAGAUCAAAACGCAGCCACUCUUCUCCAGUUUGAUUGGUAAGUCAGCUCUUGAUCUUAGAAACACAAUAGUACCUGAUCCAUACCUGUUGGCGAAGGUCGUCGGUACCACCAAAACCGUUCCAAGCAACUCAGAAACUUUGAAGAACUACGGAAACCCCGUGGCCAAACCGCCUGGACCUGGUCAGCUUGGUGGUCAAGUCUUGGAUAGCUUCUUCCAUCCAAAUUGGUAUACUGUCGAGGCCCCCAAGUGGUUGGUGUAUAAGCAAAGAGCAUUGAAACCGCCAGUUGAGUCUACCCUUGUUAAAGAAACUUUCGACAACGAGUUGAGAACUUUUGAGAAGGUGUCCAGUACGAUAAGAUCGUUUGGUCCAGCCACUGACUCGAGAAACUCGGUUCUCAGCGCUGAACUUCGAAACUCCGUGUGGUUCAAUCAUUUUGGUGUCAAGUUGAUAAAUGACAUAACGAAAAAGUAUUCUGGAAUCUCAACAUCGAAUGGUGAUCGCCCAGCUCCUAAUAAGGAGGACACAGCCAUGGAGGAAGACACCCCUCUCGAUGACCAACCAGCUGCCAUCGAUGCAAAUGGAAAGGACAAUUUUGAUUUGGACGACUUAGACGCAAGCCUGGAUGUGAUCAAGCUUGAGAAUCUUGUAAACUACAGACCAGAAGAGGUUGCGGCCUUAGCUGAAAUGAAACGAGAAAAAGAAGAAUUCAAAUCGCCUGCAAGAAUCCAAAAGAUCAUAUCAUUGAGUCUUCUCAGACUCAACAAGUUGCGUCAAGAAAGAUACCGUCUGAACGGUAACAAGAAGCACGAUGCAUCUGUUGCAGAAGUUGUUCUUUACAAGAAAAUCACGAAACUUCUUACGCUCCUUCUUCGGUCCAAAGCCGGUCAGGACCAGGCUUUCCCUCACACUCUCAGCAAGGAGUUGCCUGUGCUACUUAAUGAGAUCCCAGGUGUUUUGCCGGGACACAUGCCUUCAUCCACUUCCUCGAUUAACAAGACUGGCAGACUCGCUAGCAUCAGAGGGCCCUACAAAAAGAAGAAAGGUUUCAUGUAA